UGGACUUUGACACCACGGACUGUUCCAUAGCCUCGGAUUAUCAGCUUUAACUUCACCAUAUACAUAUGUAGCUUUCUCCUGAAGAGUCGAGAUUUGUAUUAUUAUAAGACGACUGGAUGGCCUGAAGUUCAGUGCGCUCGUGACUAUUAUGUGGACUAUCUGCCUUUUGUUUGUGCCCCUUGUGGCGGCCAGCUCCAAUACAAGACUUCUAAAUGGCAUCCUUAAUCAUGUGGACAAGGAAGCCAGUCCCUGCGAAAAUUACUACAAUCACGCCUGCGGCGAGUACAACAUUCGUCACAUCAACGACUCCUUCUUCGACAUUAUACAAAUGCUGGAUCACCAGGUUAACCAGAACUUGGUAAAACUAAUGGACGAACUAGAGCGAAGUUCUCAAUCGCCGCUCUUUACGGCAUCCAGUGUAGAUGGCAAGGUCCUUCGUUACUACCUCAGUUGCCGUGGAGCACCGCGAAAUAUGGGAGAUUUGGGCCAGUAUCUGAAACUAGUUUCCCCAGGAGAAGGACUCACAUGGCCCCAGUUCAUCAUGAAUGGUAGUUCUUGGCCUCAGAAAGAAUUUAAAUGGCUUGACACCCUGGCUCAUCUGCAUCGCUACGGUCUAACUAACGUUUUUUUUAAACUUGACGUGGUGCCAAACCCACGAAAUGCGAGCGAGUACCUGGUCGAAUUAGAUGUUCCCACAUUUGUAGAUGAAUCCCAACUGCCGAACAGUUUUAUUGAAAUUCUAUCAAUUUUCUAUAUCAUGAAAGUCCCUUCCAGUGAUAUUAUUUCUCUGGCGCGAAAAAUACGGAAGCUAGAAUUGUCGGUUAAAGCGAUAAUCAAUCCGAACGACAUAUUGAAUGCAUAUAUCAAUAUUCGCGACUUGGAGAGAGAAUCUGGUCACAACUGGCAGCGAUUCUUUGAGAUUUUAAUAGGUGCCAGCGCAUCCCCAGAGCUCCAAGUGUUGGCGCGCAAAUUUGGGUACUUUUCUGUUCUCAAGGAACUAAUAGACAAACAGGAUGCCCGGGUGGUGGCCACCUACAUAAUGAUCCGAUUUGCAAGAUUUCUAUUUGAUGAAUUCACGAACACCAGAGAAUCCAUGGAUUGUGUAUCCCAUGUGCGCCGCAACUUGAAUUUGGCUGCAAGCAUGCUCUACAAGGAGCGAUUUUUUGAACCCUCCGCAUUCAGUGCCAGCUUCGUGGAAAUUAACAACAUGUUCGAGGAACUACGCCGUCAGUUUCUGCUGAAAGUCGAUCAAAAUCAUCUAGAUUUGACUGCUUGGCAGAAGAACUUCGUCGUUAGGAAGGCAGAGAAAGUUGAGAUCAACGUUGGGAAUUUGCCAAAAACCAAUGAUCUCCGCAACUUCGUCAGCCAGUACUACCAAGACCUGAAAUUUCCCACUGGUCAGCUAGAUUUCCAUCAAGAGCACCUCGGGGUGCUGCAGUUUCGCACCCAAAAGAUGUUGGCCCAAAUCCAGGAAAGCGCACUGAGAGGAGGAGGAUAUUUUCACAUACUGGAGCCGAGCAGUGCCAUUGCCUCCACCUCGUACUAUAUGUUGCGCCCGAAUGUGAUUAUAGUCCCACUUGGGCUGCUGCAAGAACCAUUUUUCCAGCCGGAUAGCGAUGAAGUUUUCAAAUACAGCCUGAUGGGAUAUAUUUUGGGACAUCACUUGAUAAGCGCCUUUGAUACUGAAGGCAUUACAAUUGACACCGACGGAAACGAUCAACAAUUUAGAUCGCAACGUUUUGAAGAAGGAGUCACUUGCUUGUCACGCAAUGGAAAGAACAUAGAUGAAAGCAUGGGGGAUAUUGCUGGUCUGGAACUCGCCUAUUCUGCAUACUCUAAAAAGGCAAAGAAUCGAAACCGUUUGGACUUUACCCAUUUGCCACCGGAGCAGAUAUUCUUCCUAAACGCCGCCCAGUUCUUCUGCGGCAAUAGCGAUAUGUUGAAUCAGUACGAGGAAUAUGAAGUGCGUUUACAGAGAGCUGUCGACGGGUUUGAGCCAUUUGACAAGGCUUUUGGAUGUAGCCGAAUUAAGCCUCAGCACGAGAGGUGUCGGUUGUGGUGAAUACCCCGUAUAUAGGCUAAGAAAUACACAUUUUUUUAUAGUACUCACAUUAUUUGAAGCAUUUUAUUGUAAAAAAGUUAUGUAUACUCAAACAAUCACAACAAUCUGUAUUUUAAAAUAA